AUGGGUGACCUACGUGUUAAUAUGAUGCCCCACGGUAUUCCUGAACCCCCUACUGAUAACGCCCACUCGGGCUCUGCCGCUCCAGCCCCUGCUGUCCCUCCCCCUGGAAUCUACGGCUCUGCUCCAACUAAGGCACCUAUUAUAGCCAAUAUGCCUGAGUACAUGGCGGUUCGUCCGAGCCAUUCCGGUCUGACUGCCGCUCAAAUCGCCAAUCUCUUGGAGGUGGCUGCUUCGACUGCGAAGGCCAGGAAGGAGAAACUUGAAGGGAAAUAG